AUGGCCAUCCCAAAUCAUUUGGUCAACAAUUUCGAGUCAAGAACUGGUGCCAACUUCGAUGACGACUACCCUUCAGAAGUGCCGCCGGAGUAUAUGAACUGCUUCAACGUCAAUGAUGAAAUGGGCGUCAUCCAAAACGAGGAAAUGAACCCUGAAGAAACUCCAGAUCUUUUCGGCAUCACCAACAUGGAGUGGGAGCAGUAUAUUCCUGGAGUAACAGAUCUGCCAAAAGAAAGGGCUCCACCAGAGCCACCAGUGAGGAGGAUUAUGGACUUAUCAAGCUGGAAAGAAGCAAGACGAGAGAUACAAUCAAUGGAGGUGGAUACUGUUGGCAUACGAAAGGCAGAGGUCUCGAAACUGAGGGAAGAGAAGAAGGCACAGAGUGGAAAGAAACCCAAGACUGUGGCUAGACAGAUUAGAGGAAAUUAUAGAUCAUAUACCCCACAGCAAAUCCAAGCACUAUUAGAUUUGGCAAUCUUCAGUGGUCUCUCAGCAAGAAAGGCAGGAAUUUUGACAGGUAUCGUGGUGAGAACCGCCCAACAUUAUGUUCGUCAAUACAGGCUCAAGGAGGAUCCAGGUUGGCUUCCAGGCAUGAAGAUGAAUUCUCUUGGAGGCAACAAUCGCAAGCUGAAAGAGGAACACACUACUUUUUUGAUGGAUUUCUUUGACAACAAUCGAUCAGCCGUGCUUUGGGAGGCUCGCGAUGCCCUAAAACCAACGCCGGUAACAAAGAAGUCCACCAAGGGCAAGAAGAAACGGAAGAGAAAUGACGAUUCUGCAGAGGAAGCAGUUGAGGAGGUUAAUGGAAGGGUAGGCACUAGAGCUAUUCACUUUCUAGAGCUCCUCGAUGGCGUCUUGACAUCCCUGGAUCAGAAUGGCUAG